CAUUCAAUUAAACAUCUCAGAUUCAAGCUAUAGGAAUGGAGAAACUUUCUGUAGGAAGGUUAGCCUAUCGAAGUGAAUAUGAUUUGUUGGGCAGGUGAGCUUCGGAUGCGGAAUGUUGAAUAAAAAAGUAGAAAGGGUAACUUGUGGGGCAAGAAUGGAUCUUUUUAGGUUUGAUUUUCCAUGCAAAAAACCUCAAGCAAGUAAAGUCUGGUUUGUUGGCCAGUGCACUUCAAUUUAAUUAGUCACCUUUUUAAAACAUCCAAUAUUUCAACUUUCCAUCGAGCAGAUCACCUAUUGUUUUUACUUUUCCCCAUGGAAUUUAUCUUUGUUUUACUUGAUUCUUGCAGAUUCUUCAGUUAUAAGUUUCUUUACCAUGCCAUCCCAUAACUUAAAAGCUUCAAAUAUAUAUAUAUCUGCAACCAUUCUGCAGGUAGAACAUUGCCCAAUUUUUUGUUGUUCUUAACCUUGGAGAAAUUAUUCACUUGCUGGAGUCUAUUACGUGUGCAAUACAGCAAGAAGCACUACUCCUGGUUUUGAGGCAUACUCUUGUUUUUAUAAAAUCAACUUAACUUGUUCUUUCUUCUAUAGUAUGUCUGCCAUCAUCUACUCAAUUUUUGUGAUGGAACUUUCCAUUAACAUGAAACAUUCUCUUCAAGCUUUAGCCGUGAUCUGUUUCUUAUUUUUCCCUUCCACACAAGGUAAAGCAGAUGAUUAUGAAACUCAAACCGCCGCUGCAGGAGUUCUUGAAAAUGAAUAUUUGCCCAACUAUGGAGGCACAAACGGAGAAUAUUCACCUCAUGAAUAUGGUGGUGGCACAGUUGAUGCUCAACCUGACUAUCUUUUCUCCAAAGCUUUGCAAUGUUUCACCGAUAAGCAUAUGCAGAUAUACCGGCGUUGUGAGGAGUCUUAUAGAUUGACCGAGACAGGGGAGCUCCAUGUACCACCUGAAUAUACUGAUCAAUACUGCACAGGACCAUGCUUGGAGGAGACUCACCAUGUGUUAAAUUGUCUUGAAAACAUACUAUCGCAUUUCAGGUUUUACAAUAAGGCCACCAUUAGAGCGGUCGAAGAGACUAUCAAGGAGGGAUGUAGCGAUGGCCCUAAAAGAGGUUAUUUUAAUGUUGCUGAGCACUUCCUAGCUUAUGAUAACAUUGCUUUUCGUGCUUCAAAGUCCAUGCUGCAUGGAUUUGUUCUGACGACUUUGACCCUUAUUUUCUUCCUUUAAAGCAAAUGUUCGCAAGUGAAGGUAUCGAUGGAAAAUGAACUUCUGAUUUACGUGGAGCACUUAUAGUAUAAUAGUAUCUGGUGCUGUUUAAUUCAACAAGUGAUAAUGCUGAUUGCUGAGCUGCUGCUGAUGUACUAGUAAAUAAAAGUCUUAUCUGUUCAUUAAUAUAUGUUUGAUCUGGAAAAGAAUGUUGUGAGGAGUAUAGAUUUAUUUCUUGGAAAUUCUUUUUCCAUGUGGGAUGUUCUAGAUAAGUAUAAAAGUCAUUUCUGAAUUAUAAGACAAGACUAAUGUCUAUGCUUCA